AUUGUAGAGUUUGUCUCAUUCAUAGGAAAAGGACACGAGAACAAUGAAUGGCUGCGCUUCCACCGGAAAGAACGGAGGUAUCCAGACCCUUUACUAUUACUGGCGUGGAUUUCACGGGCCCGUUUGACAUUAAAAACUACACAGGCCGAGCAUGUCUAAUAAGGAAAGGAUACGUCUGCGUAUUUGUGUGUUUCGCUACAAAGGCGAUUCAUCUGAAGGCGACGAGCGACUUAUCGACGUCCACUUUUCUGGCUGCGUUCGCGAGAUUUGUAGCAAGACGUGGUUGUCCGCUUCAUAUGUAUUCGGACAACGGCACGAACUUCGUUGGAGCCAACAAGGCGUUGAAGCAUGAUUUCAGGAAAUUCAUGACUGAAGCGUCUCAACUCACCAUGCGGUCAUAUGCGCAUGAGGAAGUCAACUGGCACUUCAUGCCUCCAGGGGCUCCUCACAUGGGAGGAAUAUGGGAGGCAGGAGUGAAGAGCUUCAAAACGCACUUUCGAAGAGUAGCAAGUGCAAUGCGCUUUACAAUGGAGGAAUUUUCGACGUUACUGGCAAAAUCGAAGCCUGCCUCAACUCUCGUCCAAUUAGUCCACUCUCCGAUAAUAAGUCAAUUGAACCUCUAACCCCGGGACAUUUUCUAAUUGGAAGUCCGCUGCUUGCGAUCGCUGAGCCCGAAAUCAGCGGAAACCCGAUGACAAUCAUCAACCGAUGGCAGAAACUGAAAACACUUCACCAAAGCAUUCUGUCAGCGAUGGAAGGUUGAGUAUCUAAAGGAACUGCACAAGAGAGUAAAAUGGCAGUUUCCUCACCGAAACCUAGAGGUUGACGAUUUCGUAGUUGUCAAAGAGGACAAUCUACGAGUGGCGACUUGGCAGAGUGGUUAGGGUUUUCUUAGGUCACGAUAACAGAGUUAGAGUUGAAAUUAAUUAUGCUUCCCGUCGUAAAAAACACUAAUGAUAUCUAUAAUUCCAGAGAUUUUCAACAUGGUACGUGCCAACAACAACAGCAAACAACAACUUAAGGAACAACAUCGGUGCCCUGUAUGCAACCACAAUCACCGGUUGCUGUUCUGCCGACAGAUGCGUCGACUGGAGCCUGCGGAGAGACUGAGGGCUGUCCUCCUCCAUCGGCAUUGCGCUAACUGUUUGUCUCCGAAUCACAUGGCCAACAACUGUCCAUCCACGAGGAACUGCGACCGCUGUUCGGAGAGGCACCACAGUCUCCUGCAUCUGUGGGAGACAGAUAGAAGCGAGGAAGACGUUCCGCCGGUCGGAGACGUGAUAGAUCACCGGAGUAAGAGACGGCACUGUCCUUACUGGGCCCAAGCCUUGCCAGAUGGCUCCAGCGAUGACGAGGUUCUGGAGAUCGACGCCAGUGACGAUGAAGUGGUGGAACAACUUCCCAAUGAAAAGGCCAGCACACCAAACCCCUCGUUACUCAGACCGCCUCUGUCGAGUGUACGGUCCGUGGUUCAGCGGCCACACCCACCAUCGGAAGAUAGAAGUGUCUCAUCAAGCAGGCGUAACAACAAACCACAAAGGCGACCUCAGGCGGUGAGAGACGCCCGCGAGCGAAUCAAAGGACCCGCUCGGAGUGCAUUGGGCAUGUCUGUCCUCACGCCAACUGUGAUGGUGAGAGUGGUGCAAGUGGCCGAGGACACCCGGUCCGUGCACUGAUCGACCCAGGGCAAUCGCGGUCGUCGAUAUCCAGAACUCUGGCGAGACGAUUGCACCUGCUGCCACGCGAAUAUGCAGUAAGCAUAGACCUAACAUUGAAAGGUUGGCGGGAUCGGAUUAGUCUGACCGCCAAGGUAGUGACAAGUCCCAUGAAGACCACGCCGGCACGCACAUUGGACGCAAGGGUUGUCGACGAGUUCGACAAUUUGCGGUUGGAAGACCCAACGUUUUACAGGUCCAGUGCGGUGCCACUAAUUCUCGGUGCCGAUGUAUACGGUAUGAUAUUGCGGCCAGGACUUAUGCCAGCAACCCCGACUCGACCGGCUGCCCAGAACACCAUAUUUGGAUGGGAUCUGGUUGUACACCAUAAUAGACGGCAGCGAUGGAGGCA